UUCCUAUCUUAUUUUGUCUUUGGUGGUCGUCAUCACUCUCAUCGUGUCAUAGUAGUGAACCUUUAAUCUAUUUCACUCCCGUAACUUGUCCACUUAGCCUGUAUUUUGUGGCUGCAAGCCGUUAGGGUAUUGCUAGUACUUUCUGAGGGCACACCCUCCUUCGACUCCAACGAGUGUCGAUACGAGAAUCAUUUUAUCCAGUAAUUGAAAAUGAGCCAUUAUGGAGUCAAAUUAAAGAAAAAUCGAAACCGCAAAACAAUCAAAGAAGUAAUUCGACCCUCGAGCGCACAAUAAUUCUCAAUUCGAACAGAACAAGGCGUCAGCAGAACAAGAUUGUCGGAAUUGCACGGUCGCAAACGGAGCCGAGGAUUGGUGCUGUGAUCCGGAUGCAGAGGCGCUUGUGUCAGGGCGUUGGGCAACCGGCCCCCCUAUCAUCGUCGCCCUGCUAGUCAUUCUCCUGGUCAUGUCCACGACGGGCCGCCCCGACUCCCGCCGAUCUUAUGCAGGAAGUGUAGUGUGUGUGAGAGCGAAAGUGUGUGUGUCUCUGUGGGAGUAUCUGAGAGUUGCGAGGACCAUGCUAUCCAAGUCAUCAUCCUCUUUCCUCAUCCGGAAUCUACCACAUAUGACGGUUACUACUGAAGAUGAAAAGGUAAUUAAUGUCAGCAAAACUGUCUCAUCUCUGUCAAUGCGCUUGAUCGGGCCAAAAUGAAUGACACUCGAUCCCUUCCUUCCAUUUCCUGCUUUGCAACACCCUCCAGCCUCAAUGGCCCCCUCGCACCUUCCAAUCCCUAAGCGUCCCUCUCCUUGUUCUCCUUCAGUCUCCCGCUCCUUCACCUUCUAGAUCCACACUCCGUCGCUGUUCAUCUCGGUCAACUAUCAGUGACUUGCAGGCUCCGAUGCGUUUGGUUUCGCGCCCUUGACCUACAGCGAAGAAAAGCAUCAUCCAUUGCUUCUUGAACAGGAUAGAUAAGAGCUCGCAUCUUGCACACGCCCCAAUGGCUGGAGGAAACUCAGGUAAGGUGCUCC